CUGAUCUCGGCUUGAAUGUGAUUCUCCUCGACGUUUGUCGGUGGGCUCGCAACCUCGCAACCUCCCAACCUCCCCGGUGAUCCAGUGCUCAUAAUUUGUGCAUGGAUGUGAGUGAGUGAGUGUGAAAGAGAGAGCAUCAGUGGUUGAGUGUAGGUUUGUAGUGAUCCUACCAUUAGCAGCAUGUGAAUGAAAUGUCCAAUCCGUCGAAAAGUCGAUUCCAGCUCCAUGUGCUUCCAUUGCGAAGAAAGGUUAAGUGCUCACCGGGAAUCUUGGGACUAUCCAGCAGAACUUCUGAUUGGUAGCAGAAGUAUUUCCGCGACGAAAAAUAGUUGUGCUCAAGAGUCAUCCUAUGUCAUCAUGACGGCAGGGAAAGAUCAUGUGAUGUUGGAUCAAGAGGACAAUUUCCAGCAUAUUUUGAUGGCCACUGCUCCUCUGGGCACCACAAGGGGGCUGCCGAUGACGGCAGGCCCUUCCGUGGGCCCUGGGCCCAAUGUGCCAAUCUCUUUACGCCAUACCCAUAUGGCUCCGCCCCCGCCCAUGUCCUCUCAUCAUCAUCACCAUCACCAUACUUCAGUAGCGGCACCCAUCACAGUCAUGAUGAGUGUUCCGCCGCCGUCAACAGUGGCCAUGGGUGGGCCGCGGAUGGCCCCACCUCCUCCUCCCCCUCCCCCUGUGAUACAUCAACAUGGAUUGGCUAACGGCACCAUGGCAAUUCAUCAUCAUGGCACUAAUGUACAUCAGCAUCAUGCCCACCACCAUCAUCACCAUCAGCAACCGCAGCAGCAGCAACAACAGCAACAACAACAUCCCCAGCCUCCUCAUCAUCACCACCAUCACCACAAUCCACUUAGUUUAAAUGGUCUACCACAAGGGGCCCCACCUCUAAGCAGCACCGCCUCCACGGUUCCACCCUCUGUGACCAUGGGUGGUCCACCGUCCUUCAGCUCUCAUCAUGCGGCGGCUCCCCAAUUCCGCCGUCCACCCCCGACCCCACAACAGGGCACGCCCACCAAUGGCUUCUACCAAGUUCCUAUGACCUCUCACCAUUCGCACAACAUUCCCCUGACCUCCACCCCUUCCAGCCUGGUAACAAUGCCGCACCCACCUUCGACACACCCACAACAGCAAGCCUCUCCUUCGAUCUCAAUCGGCUCUCAGUCAUCGUCGUCAGCAAACAGCUGCAAAAAUAAAGAGAAAACGCCCAUGUGUUUGAUCAACGAGUUGGCGCGCUUCAACAAGACCAUUCAUCAGUACCGCCUCACGGAUGAGGCCGGUCCUGCUCAUAAAAAGACAUUUUCGGUCUGCUUGAAGUUGGGGGAAGAUGAGGAGUACCUUGCCUCUGGUCAAUCAAUCAAAAAGGCCCAACACGCGGCCGCAGCCAUUGCCUUGGAACGCACACAGCUCAAACAUCCUCCAGUCAAGACCAAAUCAGUCAAACAUGUGAAUGUCACUCCCACGGUGGAACUGAACGCAUUUGCCAUGAAACAGGGGGAGCAAGUGUCGUACAGCUUCAUCGAUCAGCCUAAAACCAAUUAUUCAAAAGCGCCCAUGAACCUAAAUUUCAGGGGAAUUUACACUCAAAGGUAUCAUAGUCAAAGUGGAAAGAAUACCAGCCCGCAGUUCAACGUUUGCUUGAAAGUGGGCUCUCGGGAAUUUUACGGCGAAGGUCCAACGGCCCAGAUGGCCAAGCACGUGGCAGCUGGAAAGGCCUUGAAAACGCUUAAGGAAUCUCGACAUUUUGACAGUGCCAUGUCACCUGUUUCCCAAAAUGGAAGUGUGACUAGUUUGGGUGGAACACGGCAUGUAGCUCUCAAUCCGGCCUCUCUUCCAUUCAUCCCCGGUUCAAGUCCCGGCGCGGCGGCUGUGGCUGCAGCAGCUGCAGCUGCCUCCGCGGCAGCUGCGGUGGUUUCCUCAUCCUCGACCGUUGUGUCAGUAGCCAGUUCUGUGAGUUCUUCCGUGGGUGGAUCCUCGGAGUUGGACGACUUGAAGUCCCCAAUUUCGCUGGUUCACGAGAGUGCGCUGAAAAGAAAUCUCACGGUGUCGUUUGAAGUGAUACAAGAAACUGGACCACCGCAUAUGAGAACCUUUAUUACCAAGUGCAUCGUCGGAGAUGUGGUCACCAGUGGCGAGGGAAACGGCAAAAAGGCAUCUAAGAAACGGGCAGCUGAGCUCAUGAUUGAUCAACUCAAGCAGUUGCCUCCAUUGGCAAGCUACCCUGCAGCCAAACCUAAAAAGCCUUCUCCAACCAAGAAGAAAUCUCGCAAUCUCAUCAAAGUGGAUCAAAAAGAAAACCCCGAAUACGGUGGCCUCACCAUCAACCCCAUCUCGAGAUUAAUUCAGAUCCAACAGGCCAAACGCGAGAAAGAGCCCGUUUACACGCUCGUGGCUGAAAGGGGCGUGCCUCGACGAAGAGAUUUCGUCAUGCAGGUCGCCGUUGGGAGCCAAGUGGCUCGUGGCAAUGGACCCAAUAAGAAGUUGGCGAAACGAGCUGCGGCCGAGAAUCUGCUGCAAACGAUGGGAUAUUCCCGACCACAGCCUCAACCGAGCAAACCUGCUCUCAAGAUGACAAAUUCAGGGGACUCGACCCACUCCCAUGAGAGCGUCUCCACCAACGGAUCCUCGGGCAAAGUCCGCAAGUUGACCUUUGUCGACGAGGUUCCCUCGACCGAACAAAAUGGAUGUGUAGAGGACGUGGAGGGCCCUCUCGUGGUGUCCCUUACCAAUGGAACCAGCACACCCGCCAACGGAAAGCAGUCAAAGGUGCCCGGGCUCAUUUAUUUGGAAAAGACAACGAGUUCGACGGCUUCGAUUUCGGCCACUUCAUCGGCGUCCUCCACGCUCUCUAUUGCGUCAUCCAAUGGCUCUUCUAUGAAUGGCACCAAAAGUCAGGAUUCCAAAUCCAGUGGGUAUAGCUCGUCCGGCUCAUCUUCGGUGACCACGCCCAUUGUAGUGUCUGCUUCAGUCCCAAUCCAUAAUCAAAAGAGCCAAGAUGACAGUCCCAAUGGCAAGAGCGCCCAUAAUCAACUCUCCACCAGUCAGAACAAAUCAGAAAUUAAUCAAAACGGAUGCAAGAUGAUCCAGGUCAAUCCCAAUGGCGUGGUCCAACCCAAGGAUCAACUGGCUUACUUGGCCAAGGUCCUGGGAGUGACGGUCACUUACCAGGACUUUCCAAAGAAGAAUAACAAGUCAGAAUUCUUUUCUUUGGUAUCCUUGUCCACGGAUCCUCCCCAGGUGUCGCACGGCACGGGCUCCAGUGUGGAGGAGAGUCACAAUGCGGCUGCGGCCCAAGCCAUGAUGGCUUUGGCCGAUUCCGGUGUUGAGUGUUCUGGGUCCCCGAGCUCAACCUCGGACAGCCCCCAAAAGAAGGCCAAUACCUCAGACAAGGCCAAAUCUGAUAGCUCCUCGCCCACGCCCAGUCCUGCGACUGUGUCGGUCAAAAAUGGCGUGACCACCGCCUCUCCGACCUCGUUGGGACGGACGCUGGUCUCCCUGAAUGCCAAGAAGAAAAAGGCGAAGGAGGAGAAAACUGACGUGGAAAUCAAGGAGAAGAACAGCUCUCCGCCAAUUGUCUCCGUGGCUUCAAAAUGAGUCCAGAUUAGGUGAAUACCUCGCAGUGUGGCCUCAUCUUAAAACAAGAAGCUGGAAUACCACCAGGGUGUGGUAAACUCUUGACAUUUAUGCUAGAUUCGAAUUUUUAGUUUUCAUCUUGUGCCAAGUUGUAAAUUUAGAAACAUAUCAAAGUGGCGUUUCUACCAUUUUUCAGUUUCAUAAGAUCAACACAAUCAGUGCUGGUGUCUCCAAUUUUAAGACAAAAACCAACUAAGAAAACAAACAUCAUCAUGUCCUCCUCAUUUUUCUUGAGAACCCUUAUAUCAGUUUUUGGUUUCUGUUCUCCCUCCCCAUCUCCUCCAUUCCCCCUUCUCAUGAUUUGUUUUCUUCCAAUCCGGACGUUUUUAUUCCGGUUGUAUUUUAUAGACGUAUCAAAUUCUAUAUACAUAUAAGAAUAUACCACAAUGUCUUUGGCAUUACGUAGUCAUUCAAAACCAUUGUACCAUAUUGUCGUUACCUUACCCAUUUCCCAAUUACUGCCGAAAAUGGUUUCCUUUUCUAAAACUAAUUUUCCCCCUGUUCAUACUUUUUUGCAACUUUAGAAGAAAAAGUCACUCCCUGUUUUAGUCAAAAAAGGAAAAAACCAUUUCACCUCAUUUCUCCCUCUCUUCACCCUGAUUUUUUGUUUGCUUUCAGUUAAGCUCUAAAAGCAAUGUUUAUUCAAUGUUGAUCAAUGUAUGAAAAACUAUUCUAGAAAAAAAUCUAUCCUUCAACCAUUAAAGCAAAUCCAAUCAUCUGUAACUCAUCAUAACUGUUGGCAAUGUCAUCUUAAAGCUAUUUUCAUGACUUUGCCCAUGGGACAAGUGCUGAUAUGGCUGUUUUUCUACCAUCGGUGCCAUGAUGAGUUGUUCGAUGUAUAUUCUCGAGAUGCAGACAAAAAAAAAUAUUUCAAUAAAGUUUUUAAGAAAUCA